AUGUCUCUUGAUAGGAGUUUUGAUGCAUCAUCUGCAGAUAAACUACUCACUGACGGUUGGUACUUGUUAGAUAAUCACCAUGGUUCUAAAGAAGUCGCAAUACGAGGUGCUGCUACUGUUGCUCAUCGUGCUGCUGCUUCUACUGUCUUUCGUGCUGCUGCUGCCACUGUCUGUCGUGCUGCUGCUACUGUGGCCGAGAUGUGA